CCCACCUUCAACGUUUCGAAACGCUCGUGGUUUGAUUCGGAUUUGCAAAAACAAAAAAAAACGAUGCGCCAAGUAGUAUCAAAGUCUCAUUUGUCGAAAAUUCAUGCCGCACACUUUUUGUGCCAAAUAUGACGCAUCGUCUUCCCAGGCUGUUGUGCCACCGAGCAUCAUAAAGUAGUUCUCCAAAUAUCGCUCGAUGUUCUCGCUGGGGCCCACGUCGAUCGAAACGAACGAAAAGCUUAUUCCGAGGUGGCUUUGUGACGCAACAAUCCGCGGCUCGGGUUCGAUGACGUCAGCCGCCUCGUCUCCCGUCGCUCUCGCUUCUCGAUUUGUCUGUUCGGUCUCGCUACGAGCGCGCGGGCAGCCCCGCAUGCAGCGCCGUCCUCCUUCCCAAGUUCCGAUGGCUUGCGACAGGCGCCUUCCGAAGUCCCGGUGCUCUGCGGUCUUGCUGCUGGCGGCGGCCGCCUCGGCGCUCUACUUGGCCGUCUACGGCCUCGGUCUUCCGGGAGCCGCAGCGCCGGCUCCUUUUCCGCCGCCCAGCUGCCCCGUUGUGUCCCCAUUGCUGGUUGGGCCUCGGCCCGUCCAGCUAUCCUCGCUUCUGCUGACUUUGGAGGAGAUCAGCAAGAGAAGGGCGUCGGCGCUGUCGCCGGGCGGGCUAUACUGGCCGCCGAACUGCGAACCCCGGUGGAGCACCGCCGUCGUGAUACCGUACCGCGACCGGCUGCAGCACCUGCAUACUUUCCUGGACCUCCUGCAUCCGUUCCUGCAGAGGCAACAGAUCCGCUACAGAAUCUACGUCGUGCAGCAGUGGGGGAACGGUACCUUCAACCGAGGAAAACUGCUGAACGUCGGCGUACAGGAAGCUCUCCGAGACGAAGACUGGAGCUGCCUCGUCCUCCACGACGUCGACCUGCUGCCCGAGGACGACCGCAACAUGUACACCUGCCAACGGGAGCAUCCCGCACACCUGGCUGUUGCCAUCGACAAGUUUGCUUACAGGCUGCCAUACCUUCAGCUUUUUGGCGGGGCCGUCGCACUGACUCCGGACCAGUUCAGGAAGGCCAACGGCUUCUCCAACAAGUUUUGGGGCUGGGGCGGAGAGGAUGACGAUUUUGGGAACAGAGUGGCUCUGUCCGGCAUGAAGAUUGUGCGCCCCCCAGUGGCCAUCGCUCGCUACAGAAUGAUCAAGCACGGACAAGACCGAGGGAAUGAGCCCAACCCGCAGAGGUUUCACCUCCUGGAAAGGACCGGACGCGACUGGCGUUCCGACGGCUUCAACUCCCUGACCUACAAACUCGUCUCCAAAGACCUCCGACCUCUCUACACGAACCUCACGGUCGAAAUCGGAGAGAAGCCGUAAUUCUGGCCAAAUGACAAACGACACACUGAUGUGAAAGGUCGCCGUGUGUGUGUG